AUGAAAAAAACAAUCAUUCUCAUUUCUGUUUUCCUUAUAAUUUAGGCUAUAGAAAUUGCAUAAUUGGAUAAGGAUGAAGUGGAUGUUACUAAACUUAAUGCCCUUUUUGGUACAAAUUACCAAGGAAAGAUGUAAAAUUAUUAAUUAGAAAUUAGCUAUUCUGGUUAUUUAAGUGCAAAAGAUGAUGGCAAAGUAUAAUUUCAUUACCUUUUUUACCCAUCAAUAGAUUCUGCUAUUGAGAAACCUUUGAUAUUAUGGUUACUUGGAGGACCAGGAUGUUCAUCAAUGAUUGCAGCUUUUACAGAGAGUGGUCCUUUUACCUUCAUAGAAGAAUCUAUAGAAUUUGAAGAGAAUCCUCAUACAUGGACAACAUUUGUAUGUUUGUUAUAUAUAAAUUUAGGCCAAUAUGCUUUACAUAGAAUCUCCAAUAUCUGUUGGAUAUUCUUAUGGUCCUGAUGGAACAUAAUCUGAUGAAUCAACUGCUGAAUACAAUUUGAAUGCUUUGAUUGAUUUUUUUGUGAAAUUUCCAAAUUUCAAAAACUAAAAAUUCUAUAUAGGAGGAGAAUCGUAUGCUGGUAUUUAUGUUCCAACUUUGAUUCAGGAAAUAAUAAACUAUAAUGAAUAACCUAUUAAUCCUGAAGUUUUAAGGAUUAACAUUUAAGGUAUGAUAAUAGGAAAUGGUUGCACUGAUCCAAGUGAGUGUACUUAAUUAGGAUAUCUUUUUCCAAGACAUAGAUUAGAUUUUUAUGGUCGACAUGGUUUCAUUAGUGAAGAAACAUAUAAGAAAAUAAUAGAUAACACAGAAAAAUGCAGUUUUUCUGAUAAGUAAGAAUGCCAAGCUUUAGCAUAUGAAGCUUUGGUUUAAAUAGCUGGACCUAAAUAUGAUUUCUUAAUAAAUCAAUAUAAUGUUUAUGGCAAAUGUAUAACUAAUACUUCUGAAGGAAGCAAAAGAAUGUAAAGUCCACUUAGAGUAUCAGAUGAAGAGAGAAAUGAUUCUGAUGUUCCUCCAUGUGUAGAUGUUAAAGGAUUAUAUCAUUGGUUUUAGAUGAAAGAGGUUCGAGAAGUAAGAAUUAGAUAUUUUAUAUUAGUUAUUGAAUAUAAGAGAUGAAUCACCUAAAUGGGUUGCUUGUUCAUUGAAUUUUAAAAAUUAUUAAAUUAAUCCAAAUGGAUCUCUUUAUAUAUAUCCUACUAUUUUAAAAAAUAAUAUCAGAGUUCUUAUUUUAAGUGGAGAUGUAGAUGGAGUUGUACCUAUAGCUGGUACUCUUUAUUGGAUUGAUAAACUUUAAUAAUAAUUAUGUAAUGCAAACAUCUCCUAUUAUAGAGUUGAAUACAAUUAAAAAAUGGAGACCUUGGUAUAUACCUGGUAUUGUUACAAGAUAAGUUGAUAAAGAUUAAAAUGCUGGAAAUGUUUUUGAUAUUGAAGGAUUGACUUUUGUCAGUUUUAGAAAUGCUGGUCAUGAAGUACCUGCAGAGAAAAGAAUGGAAUCUAAAAUUGUUUUAGAGAAAUUCUUAAGAUAAGAAUAUUUGUGAAAUUUAAAUUGAUUUUUGUAUUCUUAUUAAAGAG